CCAUUUUUGGCACUUCAGAACGCAAAACUAGAUAGUUCUCGUGAAACAUGACUGAGUAUCAGUUCGAUGUUGUAAUGAAAUUUUGCGUAAGGGUUGAUUAAAUUAUAAAAAUUUAUAAAUAUUACAGUUGAUCAAGUGUUUUGAAAUGAGCUCGAUACAUUUUGUCGUGCAUCCGCUGCCAGGCACUGACGAUCAGCUCAAUGAUAGACUCAAAGAAGUGGCGGAUAAAAUCAACAGAUAUGGCUAUGUUACACCACCAGCGUUUAGCGGACUCAAAACAUCCGUUAGACGUAUUGUGGUUGGACCAUCUCAUAUAGCACUACUGAUGGACGACAAUAGAAUUUGUCGUGUUGCUUACACCGUUCUAUCAGAUCGUCUCGAUCUUAGUAAAAAUGAACCCAACAGAAAUUCUGGAAAGGGUCAUGGCGUUGGAAGUUCGAACUCUGGGCCUAGUGGGUCUGGAGGUGGAGGUGGAGGAGGUGGUGGUAGUGGAGGUGGUGGCAAUGGGAGUAGAACAAGUUUAUCACGAUCUCGCGCGCGAAUAAUGCGUAGCAGUUCGGCAAUUCGUGGUGGAAGUGCUGGUGGUAGCGGUUCAAGUGGAAGAAUUGGACCACCUGGUGUAAUCAUGGGCGGUGGUACAAGUACAGGGGGUGGUAACAGUGGUGGUGGUAGUGGCAACAGUUCAAGACCAAUAGUAUCAGUACCAGCGCCAUUUGUCCCUGAGGAUUUAAUAUCACAAGCCCAAGUUGUGCUCCAGGGAAAGAGUCGUAAUCUAAUAAUCCGUGAAUUGCAACGCACCAACCUCGAUGUCAAUCUUGCUGUUAACAAUUUAUUAUCACGUGAUGAUGAGGAGGGUGACGAUGCUGAGGAUGCAGCUGACAGCUACGUGCCGGAGGAUUUGAUAUCACUGUUGGAUGGUGGUUUUAGUAAUGAGCACUCAGUGAUCAUUGAUGCCGAUUCAAUGUUCUCCGAGGAUGUUUUUGGAUAUGGAGUGAUGAGGAGUCGUGGCAAUUCAUCGAGACGUCUUGGAAUGGAGCGAGAUGGCCCUGUCGAGAGGGGAUCUGGAGAGCGUGAUCGUGAACGAGACAGUUUCAGUAGAUGGCGUGAUCGUCAAUACUAUGGGCCACGCAGAUGGCUGGAAACAGCUCUCAAGGACUGCUGGGAGAAAGAUCCAGAGAACAAGAAAAAAGAACUAGCCUCCCAGAGUCCACUUUGGAUUUCAGAGGAGCUCGAAUGGUGGCACGAACGUAGCAGUGAGCCAGCACCAAAAUUCGUACAGAUUGCUGCACUCUACAGUGAGCUCAUUGCUAUAUCAUCAACUGGCCAACUUUAUCAAUGGAGAUGGGCUGAUUCUGAGCCAUACAGAAAUCUUGAUAAUCCAAAUGUUCAUCAUCCAAAGACAUCGUCUCUCGGUCUGACUGGUGAAAAAAUAGUCAAUAUAUCAGCAACAGCUAUACGUUGCUCAGUGAGCACUGAGAGCGGUAAAGUAGCAACCUGGUUGGAUGAACUGCUUGGGCAUGUUUCAUCGCGUUUGGAGCAUCCAGCACAAGCAUUUACGGAAUUUACACUCGAUAGAAUAGUAUCUCUACACACCUGUGCACUAUAUACUGUCGCUAAAUUGGAGAGUGGUACAUUGUACUGGUGGGGUGUAUUGCCAUUUGCUCAGCGCAAAAAAUUGUGGGAAAAGUAUAAAGCUAAGUCACGAAAGCAUCGACCAUCCUCAUCAUCAUCGAGCGUUGUUUCAGCAGCAGUUGCUGCUGCUGCUGCUGACAUCACUUAUGGUACAUAUGUUUGCAUGAAGAAUAGUCCGAUUUAUCAGCCAGGUGCGAUUGGAUUUACUAUUGCCAAUGGUGUACCCAAAGUUGGACAACUUCUGACAGCAGCGUGGAAUUUAGACUCAACGUGCCGAUUCAAAAUUCUGCCAGCUUUACCAUCAAACAUCGAAAAACGCUCAGAUAUGGCGAACAACGCCACUUCUACACCGACAACUACAACAGUAACAAUAAAUACAGCUGCUGGUAGCGGUACAAGCAGUAUCAACAAUCCUAAUCAGAAUAAUUGUAGCGCCAACUCAGGUAGUAAUAAUAAAAACUACAAAGAGACUGCCGAUAGAAUUGAUAUGCCGCCACCACCGUCACCUGCAUCAAGCACCUGCAGUGAUACUGGAAGUAUCGUAACAUCAGCACCAGGUAGUCAUAAAAGACAGAAACGAAUGACACCGAGAACUCACGAUGACACAGAGACCGAGAGAAAAGAUGAGGAAGAUUGGCACCUCAAGGAUGUUGUCUUCGUUGAAGAUGUGAAAACAGUGCCCAUUGGAAAAGUUAUCAAAGUCGAUGGCUGCUACGUCGCUGUUAAAUUCUUUGCUAAGGAUUCCAGGGAGGGCAAAGAAAAGGAUAAAGAUCUAACGAGAGAGAAGGAUUAUGCAAAUACUGUGUCCUCCGAUAUCAAGGAUUUGACUGCUGAAGAAUUGAUAAAGCUGCUCGAUGAUUUUCGAUUGCUGAGAAAGGAUGAGCUUCAAGUGGUUAAAUCAUCGGUUAAUUCUAGGGCCCCUGAUUGUUUCCAACGAACACCACGAAGGGUCAAUAUUGCUGAUGGUACAACUGAGAGUCUCCUAACUGUUUCCACUGAUGGUCAAGGCAUUCAUGCUAUUCUCAAGAACAGCAACAAUAAACUGAGUUAUGUCGUAUAUAAUCUCAGCACUGGAAGAUACGUACAGGACUGCUAUUUACCGUCUGAAAUUUCUUCAUUCAUGGGGCUUGACUCGCUGAAUAUCAGCUUAACGAGUGCAGGUGAAAAUUCCGACUGUUCAAUGCUCUUGCGAGAUGGUAAUAACACAAUCUAUCCAAUUGCUAAGGACUGUGCUGAUGCAAUUCGCGAUCCAAAUUGGUUGGAUCUCGUACCAGUUACAUGCAUCGGUGCAUCAACCAUUCCGAUUCCCAGUUGCUCAACUAUGCCAAGUAAUUCAAAUAAUCUCAAGAGUCAAGUAGCUGUUAUUGCACUGGUCUUUGACAAUCUGUUGCUUAUGCCAAAGAUUCUUAGAUGCGAUUAUGACGGAGUGAAGCAAGUUCUCACGACACUUGAACACGAACAACAGCACAAAAAUAAUUCUAUACAAAAUCAAAUUCAAGCUAUUCUUCAGGAACGGUGUGAUGGCAACAGGAACAUUCUCCUUGCCUGCGUAAGCAUGUGUUCACCCUCAUCUAACAAGGAUAAUGAUACAACAAAUAAUGGAGGUGGUGGAGUCGGUGGUAGUGGUGGUGUAGCAAGGGAAUUAGUUACAACUUGUCAAGUUGAUGGUAAUUCAACUCCAAUCGAGGAGCCAAUACCACCACUGAGUUGGCCACCAGAAUUGGACAAUACUUCAGGCGAAGAGGACAGUCUGUUGAGUAUUGGUGCAGCGAGUAUUUCCAUGAUGAACAAAUCAACGGUAGGAAAUUCGGGGCCAACUGGUUCCAGUCCCAAUAAUACUAAUAAUCCCAACAAUGCAAAUAAUGCAAACAACAGUUACAUCACAGACUCCACCGAACGCAGAAAUAAUGCUCUGUUCAUUCUGAAAUACUUGUGUGAGAGCCCAGUUUUAGCUCCACACAUCAAAGAACUAUUGACUGGUAAAGAUGCUCAAGGUCAGACGCCACUGAUGCUAGCUGUGUCUGUUCGUGCUUAUCAUGCAGCUUUAAUAAUCCUCGAUACAAUCCAAAGAGCCAGCAAAGAUUCAAAGGAAUGUUCAUCCAUGAUUCUCCCAUCAGACGCAAGUCCAGAUCUUUCUCCACUGUUUGUCACCUGCUGCAACGACACGUGUUCCUUCACUUGGACAGGCGCUGAUCACAUAAAUCAAGAUAUUUUUGAGUGUCGUACGUGUGGAUUAACCGGUUCACUGUGCUGUUGCACUGAGUGUGCACGUGUCUGUCAUCGUGGUCAUGACUGCAAAUUGAAGAAAACAUCACCAACGGCCUAUUGUGAUUGCUGGGAAAAGUGUAAAUGCAAAGCACUUAUUGCUGGACAUCAAGGGGCACGUUAUGAUCUUCUCUGUCGACUUGUCACAAGUACAGAUCUCGCUACCAAGAUUAAUUCACGUGGUGAAAGUAUUCUUCUGUUUCUCGUUCAAACAGUUGGAAGACAAUCAGUUGAACAGAGGCAAUUUCGUUCAGCCCCUAGACAGCGUUCAACAUCAGCCAGCAGAAAAACACCAUCAUCUGAUGGCCUGGGUGGAGCUGACUCAGAGAUGCCAGAUCAUGAUUUAGAGCCACCGAGAUUCAGUAGAAAAGCUCUGGAGAGACUGCUGAAUGAUUGGCCUGCUGUUCAAUGCAUGAUCAUGUCUGGUGUAUCUGAUAACUCUCAGCAAGAUCAAUUAUUUGGUGAUGGUGCAUUCUCAUCGGCAUCACGCCAAAGUGGCACUGCUCUCCUCGACAAAUUUACUCAUACACUUUUAGUGAAAAGUACAUCUGAAAUGCUAGACACGUUAUUAACAACACUGAUACGAGAGUUGGAGAAUGAUUCGAUUCCGGGACGACAGGAGGAAGCUAAUAUCGUAGCACGUAGAUUCGUACGCUCUGUUGCAAGAAUUUUUGUGAUAUUCACUAUUGAAAUGGCACCAAACACUACAAAGAAUCGCAGGAGUGCAACCCAAGCCACUCCACCUCUAAUUAAAUGCCGUAGGGUUUUCAGGGCUCUAAUAAAAUUAGCUGUUGAAGAGCUCUGUGAAACUGCUGACUCUUUGAUUGCACCAGUGAGACUGGGUGUUGCACGGCCCACAGCACCCUUUACACUCACCAGUUCUGCUAUUGAAGUGAUAAAUGGCUCGGAAGAAUUAUUCUCAAUUGAACCACUCAUACCCCAUAGUGCACAAACCCUGGAUACAACACUCGAUGCAACUCAUGUUCAAGCUAAUGUAGUUGCUAAUAAUAAUGUUGGAGAUCGUGCUGUUAUGGAUGAAGGAUCUGAGGGUCCCAGUGGAGUUGUCAUUGAUGGGAGCCGAGAUGGUGGUGAGCCUAUGGAUCUUGAUGGUGAUAUAAGUGAGCACGAAGUACCACCCAAUCAGGUGACACUUGGUGAAGUUGACAGGAAUGGUAUUGGACGCGUUGAACGCGUUGGUGGUAUUGCUGGAAGUGAAUCAGACACUGAGCUAGAUCUUCUCGCUGAAGCUGAAACUGAAUCCGAUUCUGAUGAUAAUCACAGCAAUCAGGAUGCUGCCUCUGCACAGAGAAGCGUUCAAACUGGUGCAACAGCUGGGUCUGAUGGUGGUAUGGGAUCAAUUCUGCUGUUCCCAGAGGAUGAAUCAGGUGAAUCGAGCCAGCAGGAGGAUGAUGAGAGUGAAGCUGGUGAAACUGAUGAACAGGAUACAGAGGAAUUUCCAAUAGGUGAUGAACAGCUCGAGAGAAGGAGUGGAUCGUCGGGGCAUUUACAUCGAAAUAAUCUAGCUCCAGUGUCUAUGCAAUGGGCAAUCCGAAAUCGCGAGUUGAAUCCACGUACUGCUGGACUCAGAGUCACUGGUGGGAGCAACAUGAUUUUUAUAGAUCCUUCCUCGUUGAGACGGUCAACUGCCACAUCAGCUGUUGCUGCUGCACAGGAACCAAUCACUAUGGGAACAACAGCCAGUUGCCUCGCUAGAGCUUUUGGAAUUGUCAUCAGAAUGAUUGCUGAUCUGUUAACUAUGAUAUCCAAUUACAAAAUGAAUGCACCUGCUUUGCCCAGACUCAUGGAAGUUACAUAUCAAGAUGCUGCGAGUUUACAGAUGUAUCUUGAAGGGCAUUUGAAACCAACUUGGGACUGGUUAAUGGUGGUGAUGGACGCGACUGAAGCUCAAUUACGUUUUGGUGUAUCCCUGACUCAGAGCGCUGAUCCAACUCAUCCAGAACAUCCACUCAAUAAUGCAUCAUCAGUCUCAGGUGGUAACUUUAAUGGGUUACUCAACUCUGCGGCUCUGUCACUAACAUUACAGGGAAAUACAGGUCGAAACCACCGCAGUGGGAUAACUUCCGCUUCCAAUAUGACACCGACUCAAGGCUCAACGAGGCUCUCCGUGGGCUUUACGGGAGUCGGUGAAGCUCCUAGGAACGCCAGAGAGCGUGAAGGAGGCGAUGCACACUGGGCCCGACGUGAGUUCCUGUCUUACUGCUUGUCCCUGAUGCGAGCUCAUAAUGGAGAACACAGAGAUAGUCUACCAGUCCUGGAUGUGUCAGCACUUCGACACGUUGCGUAUGUCUUCGAUGCCCUUGUAUACUACAUGCGAUCGCUCAACGAACCUUUGGGCACAUCCCGCUGUGACAACCAGAAGGAAACCACUGUACAUUCGUAUUCUACGUGGAACGAUCAGGAUGAAAAUGACAAUGAAGAAGGGGAUGAGGAUAAUCUUCACGGUAGCAACGCAAUGGAAACUGAUUCAGUGGAUUUCCCUGAUUUACUUCAAGUGCCAACUUGUGGUUCAGGCAAUUCGAUGAAUUCCGGUACAGGAAGAGGUAGAAAACAUCCAUUCCUACAGAGAUCAGAUUCAACUCUGUGUUUGGGAUGCCCGCCCUUGGAUCCAUUCGAAGCGAAUAUAAGUGAGGCUCUACCCUUGGCUGAUCAACCGCAUUUAUUACAACCCCACUCGAGACGAGAGGAUCUCUUCGGUGUACCUAGACAAACACUUGCUGGUGGUUCAGGAACAAGUCAGAAUCCAUUGGAGGGGCUCCCAACAAGAUUAGGCCUCUCAACGCGCACUGCCGAUAAUUCAUCGACAUACAGUCAAUCAAUUCAAGCUCCAAGUGCCAGUACAAUAGCUUCAUCAUCAGCCUCAGCUAAUAGCCAAGAGAUACCACGAAGAAGUCCCACCAGUGAGCCAGGAUGCAGCAGGCAAGUUCCACUAUCAGAUAAACAGAAAUUGUAUUAUCCCCUCAAUGACAAUCAAAUUAUGAUAAAUGAACAAAUUGACAGAGCACCAAUUAUUGUAUCACCGGGUAAUCAAAGUGAUAUGGCAUCUAAGCAAGUGAAGAAUGAUUGCAAAGAUCUUUCGAAAGCUGGAAGGAGUGUGAUAGUGAGGGCUGGAGCUGCUGCAGAAACAAAAGCACCAGAAGUUCUCGUUGUCCCUGUGACCGAGACGCAGAAUGAUAAUGCAGAUGAAGUGGAUCCAGCGACAACUAGUCAAGAGAUAUCAGCACACGAGACUGUGGAAACGAGUCCCCUUGAAUCUACAAGAGCCUCGGCCAACACAGUUAGCACGAUUGGAUCAAAUAUAUCACACAACAUUCUCCUUGGACGUUGGAGAUUGUCAUUGGAUCUAUUUGGUCGUGUUUUUAUGGAAGACGUGGGGCUUGAAGCUGGAUCAGUUGUGUCAGAAUUAGGGGGCUUUCCAGUUAAGGAAGCAAAAUUUCGUCGGGACAUGGAGAAGUUGAGAAAUUCCCAGCAGAAAGAUAUAACUCUCUCGAAAAUAGAGCGUGAUCGAACUCAGCUGCUGGUCCAGACGAUGAAAGAGUUAAAUACCCAGUAUAAUCUUUAUAACAGGAGGGCCUCAAAUACACCACCGCUGGCUGUCAAUCGAGUAAAAGUGACGUUCAAGGAUGAACCUGGUGAGGGAUCGGGUGUUGCUAGAAGCUUUUACACAGCUAUUGCUAAUGCUCUACUUGCUAAUGAUAAACUGCCGAAUCUUGAAGCAGCCCAGGUUGGCUCAAAGUACUCUCAGUACAAUGUAAUGCAGAAAUUGAAGAAUCGAGAGCGCGAUCGUGAUUUGAGACGUCAAAAUCCACGGGCAUCGGCCAAAUACCGAGAGACAAGACGAGCGUUAUCUUCGGAGGCUCGAUCAUUCCAUCCUUCAACAACACUCGCUGAUGGUGCUAGCGGUAGUGGUGGCAGCAGUACCAGUGCUUCAUCAACUGGUGGAUCUUCAUCAAGUAAUCAUACACUGCCAGCUGGUGGAAGUCACAGUAAUCAUAAUCUAUCGAAUAAUGAACAUUUGACGACACAUCAGCAGAGCCUUGGUGAUCGAUUAUAUCCAAAAGUUCAUGCAUUGAGACCAGCUUUCUCGGAAAAAAUAACUGGAAUGCUAUUGGAAUUGACGCCAGCGCAGUUACUGAUGCUUCUAGCAUCUGAGGAAGCAUUACAACAGAAAGUCGAUGAGGCUUAUGAAUUGUUACACAGUCAUAUUCAAGAUGUCACAAGUGAGGCACUGUUAGAUCUUGAUGUUUUUAGUUUAACUGAACGAUGUGCUAGUAAUAAUAAGAAAAAAAUUGUUGAUAAUACAAUACUGGAUGACGUUGAGGAUAACGCCCCAUUAUUUUAUGCACCUGGCAAACGUGGCUUUUAUACACCGAGACAGGGACGAGCAAGUUAUGAACGAUUGAAUGCAUUCAGAAAUGUUGGAAGACUUAUAGGGCUUUGUUUAUUACAGAACGAAUUGUGCCCUAUAUUUCUAAAUCGUCAUGUUAUUAAAUAUAUUUUAUCAAGGCCCAUACGUUUUCACGAUUUGGCAUUUUUCGAUUCAGUUAUUUAUGAGAGUCUUCGGCAAUUGGUCAUCGAUGCUGAGACUAAAGACAGCAAUAUUCUAUUCUCAACUCUUGAUCUUACAUUCAGUAUUGAUCUUUGCCCCGAGGAAGGGGGUGGUUCUAUUGAACUUGUACCAAAUGGCCGUGACAUCGAGGUUACUGCCACUAAUGUUUACGAUUACGUACGAAGAUAUGCUGAAGUGAGAAUGAUCAAAGCACAGGAGAAAGCACUUGAGGCUAUGCGAGAGGGUGUAUUCGAUGUAUUACCAGAAGGUGCACUUGACGGCCUAACGUCUGAGGACUUCAGGCUGUUGCUGAAUGGAGUUGGGGAUAUUAAUGUAUCGGUCCUUAUAUCAUAUACAUCCUUCAAUGAUGAAUCGGGAGAAUCCAUGGAGAGACUCGUUAAGUUCAAGAGGUGGUUGUGGUCAAUCGUCGAGAAGAUGACCCAAUUUGAGCGUCAAGACUUGGUUUACUUCUGGACAGGCUCACCAGCAUUACCUGCUAGCGAGGAUGGGUUCCAACCUAUGCCAAGUGUCACUAUUAGACCAGCUGACGACGCGCAUUUACCAACGGCAAACACGUGUAUCUCACGUCUCUACGUUCCAUUGUACAGUUCACGCCAUGUACUUCGUCACAAGAUACUACUUGCUAUAAAAACUAAGAACUUUGGAUUCGUAUGAAGUGUCAACUUGACUAACACGUGUAUGCUCGAACUUUGAUUCCCUAUCAUCCCCAUGAUCAUUGAAUAAUGUCUCGUCAGGCCCUUUUCAGUCCUCCCCUCUCCCCCUUUGAGACCGAUCGUGCAUGCACGUGGUGGUUGCUGAUUUAUCCAUAAUUGAUACAUAAGGAAUGAAAUGAAAAGUUGUAUGUUGUUAUUUUUCUUUUUCCUUCCUACAUAAAAAAAAAACAAAAACAAAAUGAAAA